GUCUCUCUGCUAGUUUGUCUCUGUCGCAGCAGCCAUGGCGGCUAGGGUUUACGCCGUCGGCUUCCAUCCGUAGGAAAAACCUCCUCAUCCAGUCGUUGCCCUCCAUCCCCACAUGCCCACGCUGCUCGUCGCCCCUCUCCACCACCAGGAAUCAUUCAGUUCACCCAAUCCAGCGCAUCGCAUCUGCAACCGUGCGUCCAGUUCCUGCUUUGCUCAGCUGACGCGGUCUCUGCAGUAGAUCAGGCCUGAGGUGAGCUAUGCUUGUCGCAUCCUUGACUGGGCUCACACGCAAACACUACAGUUAGUACACUAGUAUAACCAAGAUGUCCAUUGAUGUGAUAGAAUUUGUGGUGCCGUCUCAAGCAGCUGCAUGAUUUAUGUGAUUUUUGGUUCUGUCUCAAGCAUCUGUCUGAUUUUUUUGAUGAUUGGUGACAUCUCAAGCAGAAGCAGUUGCCUGAUUUUUGGUGCCGUCUCAAGCAGCUGCCUGAUUUUUGCAUGUUUAAAUAAAGGGAAAUAGUGUCUCACGAUGUAGAUUACAUGUUUGCUAUUAAUCAUUUCUGAUUCGUUUACCUGUUAUAUAUAUAGUUUCAUUAUUUAUUUUACUUUUUGGUGAAGCUAGAUAUAGAAACUACUGAAUUGACAUCAGUUUAUCUGUUUUUUGUUCUUAUAUCAGUUUACCUGUUUGCUGUGCUGUUACAUGUUUUUUUAGAACAUGCAUUAUAUUUCCAUGUUUGUCCAAACAGAUCUGAUAUUAGUAGCUCAAUAAUAUUUAUCUUACUAUUUUUUAAGACUAUAACAAAGUUAUGUAUUAUUUGCAACUCUUAGAUAAUGGGCCCUAGUGACAAGAUUAUGGAAUAUCGAAAGGAAAAAAUUAGGAAAUUCAUGCAAUUACAACAAAAAGAAGACGAUGAAUUAUUUUUUGUAAUAGUUCAUGCCAUACUUCAGUGCCUUAAUGAUGAGAAAAGACUAGUUCAUACUUCUGAAUAUACUGGUGCUAAAAAGAUGAAGGAAAUUCUAGAGGGGCAUGAGAGUUGGUGUAAGUCAGAGUUUCGUAUGGAGCCAGAGAUUUUUAAGGCAACGUGCAACUAUCUUAGGCGGGAGGGGUUGUUGCGUGACACGCGGAGAGUUACCAUUGAGGAGCAGCUAGGAAUGUUUCUAUUCAUGAUUUCACACAAUGCUAGCAAUGAAAGGCUAAAGAAAACAUUUCAACAUAGUGGGGAAACAGUCCAUAGGCACAUAAAGGCGGUUUUCAAUAUAAUUCCAACUCUCACCCACAAAUUUUUGAAGCUUCCUAGUUCCAACCAAACUCACCACAAGAUUGCAACAGAUCCUCGAUUCUGGCCUUUUUUUAAGGUGAGACAUAGACACUUGACUCAAUGGUUUCCUAACCUUUGUUGCAUCUUAAAUCUGACUUGUUCAUCUAUAGAACUGUAUUGGUGCCAUUGAUGGUACACAUGUCCCCAUCACAAUUUCAGAAGAGAAAGCCCCUCCAUAUAGAAAUAGAAAAGGCACACUGUCUCAGAAUGUGAUGGUAGCAUGUGACUUUAAUCUGAACUUCACAUUUAUAUCCUGUGGAUGGGAAGGGUCUGCUUCAGACGCUGGAGUUCUUCGAUCAGCUAUUAGCAAGGGUUUUCAUGUGCCAGAAGGAAAAUUCUACCUUGUGGAUGGAGGAUAUGCAAACACACCAGAAUUCCUUUCACCAUAUCGUGGAGUUUGGUACCAUUUGAGUGAAUUUAGGAGGCGACGCUCAUCUCGUGCAAGUGAAUAUGCUGAUCACAAGGAAAUAUUCAAUCAUCGUCAUGCAAUCCUUAGAAACCAUAUUGAGAGGGCUAUUGGGGUUCUAAAGAAGAGAUUUCAAAUCCUGAAAGUGGGUACACAUCAUCCCAUAGAAUCUCAGAUAAAAAUUCCAGCAGCUACAGCUGUCUUUCAUAACAUAAUUAGAGGCUUAAAUGGAGAUGAGGGGUGGCUAGAUGAGCAACCUACUUAUAUCCAACCAAGUGAUCAUAUCGACCUACCUGAAGGAGAUGGGAACUAUCAAAAUGAUGUGGAGUCUCUUAACUUACAAGAUCAUGCUGGAAGCAUACUUCGAGAUCAGAUUGCCAUACAAAUGUGGGAACGCUACAAUCAAAACCAAUCUUAAGAAAUGUAUUAAGCUAACGUAUAACUAUUGCUGCUAUAUUAAGUUAUGUAUAAUUGUUGCUGCUAUAUUAAGAUAAUGUAUGUGCAAAUGUUGCUGCUGUAUUGAACUUCUUGAAACUUAAUAAAUGUAUUAUUGUUGACGCUAUAUGUGCUCUAGCUUGUUUGUGAAUGAGAUGAUAAAUGUUGCUGCUAUAUUAAUGUAUGUGCAAGUAUUCUUAUUUAUCUCCAUUGUAUAGCUUGUGAGUUGUCCUGUUCAUCGGGUGUUUUUUCUUAGUAUAGCUAUGAGUAAAGAAGAAAACUCUAGGGCUCAUUGGAACUUCAAUAAAUAAAAAGGCCUAGUUGAUAUAUUGAACGAGCACAAUCAUCAAAGGUUCUGGGGGCAAAAUGGAUGGGCGGCCGAAGGGUGGAAGAGCAUUGUGAAGAGUUUUAAUGAAAAGUUUCCAUCUGAUCGGUUUACAAAGGGCCAAAUACAAGAAAAGGAGAAAGAGCUUAAAGCAAACUACAAGGCAAUCCGUGAUGGCAAAAAGAAAAGUGGUGCAGGAUGGAAUGAAUCUUUGUGCAUGAUUAAUGCUGAGCCAGUAAUAUGGGAAAAGCUUAUCCAUGAUAUUCCAAGGCUGAAGAAAUUCCAAGCAAAAUCAUUCCCUUUGUUUUAUGAACUGGAAAAGCUGCAUGAAGGAAGCAUUGCUACAGGUGAUUUAAACUUCACAUCAACUGAACCAGCACCCCAACCAACUGAACAUGUUAGCACUAUUGAUAUUGAUGCUCAUGAUUCUCACCUUAACCCUUUCCUUGCAAAUGUGGAUGGUCACAUGCCAUCUAGUGGACCCAUAGACAUAGAUGAGAUAGAAACACCAUCUUCAUCUUGCUCUAAAAAUCUUGAAAGUGGGACUGGGAAGAAAAGAAAGCUCAGUAUUGUUGGAGUUUUACAAAACUAUGUGGACAUUAGGGCAAAUGAACCAAAAAUAUUUAUGCAUGAACUCAAUGAGACAACUAAGGAAGCAGGUGACUAUUCUAUCAAGCGGUGUCUGGAUAUUCUAGAAUCAAUUGAAGAACUUUCAGAUGAGGAAAAGGCGCAAGCAACAAAUGUGCUGAAGUGUGAGGUCAACAGAGAAAUUUUCAUGAACUUCAAGAUUCCAAAGGUUCAUUUGUUAUGGGUCAAAGGCCAAAUUGCUCCCAAGGUCUAAUCUACAUUGUAUCGUGGUUGCUGGUGGUGUUUACAAGCUGAUGGCUGCAGAUGGUCCUUACAUUUUUGGCUUCUUUGUAUCUGGUUUUGAGACAUUGUAGUGAAGGUUGACAUGAGAAACUCUUGUAUGAACUUUGGAAUGGUUAUCUUUGGAGUGCCUUGUGACAAUUUACCUUUUUAUGUACUUCGUAUCUGUAUGGAAUAUUUUUCUUUGAUGCAUGUACUUCAGAUUUGUAUGAAUAUUUUUAUCCUUGCUAAUAAUUUUGCAUGUUGCAGCAAC